GGCACGAGAGGUUGACAGCAGAUGGAGAACUGACAACGCAUGACUGCACAGCUGUGGUCAGGGCCACCAAAGGAGACUUCCUGGCCAUCACCCGGAAGAAGUUCCAGAGUGGCUGAACAAGAAGACCACUGCAUUGGGGUACACAAGGAGCACAAGACGAGUGCUCAACAAGUGGCCACAUUUGCCCUUUCCCAACCUACAACUUACAACUUACUUGGACUUACAACCCGUAUAUCUGCCAAACAGACUGAGAGCAAGCAGUCAGAAUUUAUCAUCACCCAUGGCAAGUGGCCACAUUUGCCCUUUCCCAGGAGGAGGAUACUGUAAGUUGGAAAUAAUUUUCCUGUCAGAAACAGGAUGCAUUAAUUUAUCUUGACGUUAUUUAUGAAUGAAUGUAAUUAAUUUUUAUUUUUCCUCUGCAAACAGUGGUUUGAGCUGUACUACACGUGUUCGGCCACAACUCCAGUCCUGCAUCAGGAAGCGGAAGAGGGAGGAUAUGGAUGGGACUGAAGAGAGAUUCUUCAUCUCAUCCGCGAGUGGAAGAAUACACAAUCCCUCCAAUGACCUCCAACGGCUGCACAUAGGGUAUGGCAUCAGACCAUGGGUGACCAGCCAGAGAGCACACCGGGUCCUCGAGACAGCCACCAAGAGUCUGACUGACACAGAGAAGUCUCUGGUAGCUGACUAUCUGACACAUUCGACUGCUACAGCGGAGAAACAUUACCGCAUGAAGCAGGCAGACAACGUCGUGAGGGCUAGUCAGCUCCUGGAUUUGCUGGCUGGUCAGUCGAGCACUGAUCCUUCAGAAGGGGAAUCCAGCCGCGCUGCCCGUAGCAUUGCUCGCAGUGCUGCCCAGCAGAAGGCAGAGACGACAGAUCUGCAAAUGGAUUUAGAGGCAGCGUACAACCGGCGUGUAGAACAGCACCCGGUGACUCUGGAGGGUGGAGCACCAGAUAAGGCUCUGCGCGCCGACAUCUCACCUAGCUUUCAGCGGAAGCUGUACGAGCAAUGGGUGAAGGCCCAGAUGAUAUUCACUGUUAGUAUUUUUUAAAACUAUAUGUAAAAAGAUAUUUACCAAGUAAGGUGCUAUGUUCACAGUUGUGAAUUAUAGUUUUAACUAACAAAAUCUUUCCAUGUUUUCCUGACAGCGCGCUUUGGCCCUCGUCUACCCAGUGAGGAGAAGGUCAGCAAGUGGAUCUCUGAUCAGGGAUGGAGGAGCAACAUACCCAGUGCAGCCCAGUUCAUCAAAGAAUGGAAGCCCCAUGGAUCCGUGGACACAGCAUUGGACGCUAAACAGAUCCGGAGACUCACAAGGACCCAGAGGUGGAAAGGACUUGUUGUGACGGAAGAUGGAGGGAAGGGCAAGGGCGUCAUUGCUACCCGAAGAUUUCUGGCUGGUGAGGUGGUGAGUGACUACCACAGAAACUAGUGGUAGUCACACACCACCUAGUUUUCACACAGAAAACUAGUCAUGAUGACAAGGUCAUCUAACGUGUCCUUUUUUUCAGGUUGAAAACGUUGCACGUUUUCUGUGUUACAUGGACCCACGGGCACCAACCCUGGAAUUUGUCAGAGACAGAGAGAAGACGCAUUAUGUACAUGAAUACAUGUACAUAAUUUUUACUUGUACUUUCUA